AUGAUCUCAAUCCAGGACCUACAACAUGACAUCACCUGGGAGAAACUCAAGUCUCAACCCGUGGAUAUCUAUGGCCAAAGUCGUGGCCCUUCUCCGAACAGGGGAAGUUCACUGCCAGACUUUCAAGCAAUCGGUCCGGACAGUGAGAAGAAAUCCGCAUGGCGUGAAGCUCGUGGCAUCGACCAGUCAAAGCAGGUCAAGAUAACCAAGUUGUCCCACAUGCGAUAUCAGCAUCCGGAUGUCCAGCAAAUCACCACAUUCUUAAGAGAUUUCGGUCUGCAUGUGGUGAAGAAGACGGACACUGAGCGGUGGUACCGUGGCUACGGUCCGGAUCAAUAUGUAUAUUAUGCUCGUCAAGGUCCGAAGAAGUUUCUCGGCGGAUCAUUCGAAGUGGAAAGCUAUGAACAGCUUGAAAAAGUCUUGGAAAUUCCAGGCGGGAAGGUGAUAAGUGAUGGCAUCCGACAAAUGGAAGUCGCUCCAGGUGGCGGCUAUAUUGUGACUAUUGAGGACCCUGAAGGCUUUCCUGUCAACUUCGUCUACGGCCAAAGUCUCGGCAAUGUCGAACACAAGAAACCGGAAAAGCUCAUAUUCAAUGACGAGACCGAGAAGCCGAGGCAGAAGAAAUUUCAACGCUUCAAGCCCGGCCCUGCAGAGGUGCACAAGCUUGGCCAUUUUGGACUUUGUGUUCAGGACUUUUCAACCCAGAUGGACUGGUAUACAAGGCAUUUCAACAUCGUUCCGUCGGACAUUCUGUACGUUCCUUCGGGAUCCUCCAAGGACAACAGGAAGGAAGUGGCACUCUUUGCCCACAUCGACCGAGGCCAGGACUUGGUGGAUCACCAUACCAUGUUCCUGACCACCUUGGCACCAGGUCUGGAAAAUCACGUACACCAUUGUAGUUUCGAGGUGCAUGAUUUCGACACCCAAGCACUGGGGCAUCAGUGGCUUGCACAGAAGGAUUAUCAGUCAGUCUGGGGUGUGGGCAGGCAUAUUCUUGGGAGUCAGAUUUUCGACUAUUGGUGGGAUACUACUGGAUUUAUGGUCGAGCAUUAUACGGACGGUGACCUUGUUAAUGAGGAUACACCACUUGCGUAUGGUCCAGCAGGACACGAAGGUCUUGCCGUGUGGGGUCCGGAAGUGCCGCAAGCCUUCUUAGAUUGA